UACAUCUCCCUAAAGGCCAGUGGAUGAAGCUGGCGACGUGGCUGAGGUCCGCCUUCUUCGUCUUAACCCCGUGCUUCAACGGACCGGGGUGAUUCAAACGAGGCAAACCGGCUUUGUUAAUUAUAGCUACUCUAAAGAGUAGUUAGAUGCUUGGACACGUCUCAUCGGAAGUUUGAUAUCACUGUGCAACAAUGUCUGGGAAAAUUAAGAACCGAAGUGCGGCAAACGCAGACUUGUUAACUGGCGGCGUGUCCUGUGAUGAACGGAUCCUGAAGGACUGUCAUCAAUUGUACACGGACUCCAAUAGUGGGUUGAUCACAUUGGCAGAGUCUGUUGGUGUGACAUUGCUGCCUCCAAGGAAAAAGAUCACCGUGAUGCUGAUGGGUAACCACUCAGCUGGGAAAAGCUCCUUCAUCAACUGGUAUGUGGAAGAGCAUGUCCAGCGCACUGGAGUGGCUAUUGAGACCCAAGGCUUUAGCUUUGUUACAAGUGGACGCAAGAGAGAAUCUCUCACAGGAAAUGCCACCCUUCAUCUAUAUCCACAUUUCAAGCCUCUUCAAGAGUUCAAAGGAGUUUCUGAGUACUUGAGCACAGAGAUCUGCACGUCACGGCAGAAACGGUUCAGCCUGGUGACAUUUGUGGAUUCACCAGGAUUGGUUGAUGGUGAUAUGAAGUAUCCUUUUGACGUGGACGAGGUUAUCCUGUGGCUAGGUGAGCUCUGUGACCUAAUUCUAGUCUUCUUUGACCCCAUGGGUCAGGCUCUGUGCAAGCGGACACUCAACAUUGUGGAGAGACUAAAUGAGACACACUCGGACCGGCUGCAUUUUUACCUGAGCAAGGCGGACGAGGCUGGAGGAGAGUCAGACAGACAGAGAGUAAUGAUGCAGAUUGUACAGGAGCUCUGCAAGAGACCGGGACUCAACAAGUGUGGUUUUGACAUGCCUACCAUCUACAUUCCUAAUUCAAAUAAGGCAAGUCGCUGUGUCAACCAGAUUGAGGAGGUGUGUCGCACCAUUGAGAGAACUAUCAACCAGACAGUCCAGAAUACACUGAACUCCCUGGAGAAAGACUGUGAGCUCAUCAGUGAGGCCAUCGCUGAUACACUCAACGACGACAGGCAGGCCAGUGUACAGAACCGACGGGCACGAUGCAAGAGCUGCUUCCUGGCACUGCUGGGCUUCAGCAUCCCAAUGGCUCUGAUGGCCUUACUGGUGCUGGGUGCUCUGUCCAAGGAGCUGCUGGAGAUGGCUCUGGGCCGCCAUGGUACAGAGACGCUCUCACUCUACAUGACUCCCAUAGUGAGACUAUUCGACUCCCUGUCUGCGACACAGCAGCUUUAUGGCUGUUGUGGACUGGUACUUCUCUCUUUCCUCCUGCUCAUCAUUGCACACUUUUCCUUCAGGACUCGACCCACUCUGUCAGGAAAACAGAAAAGGCAGCUGCAGGAGAAGCUGGAGUAUGUUCAGGAGGUGGUCAAGACCAAAAAGAAAAAGCUAUAUGAAGAAUACCUUCGGCAGAGUGUCAGCGAUCACGACAUGGACUUGUAAAGAAAGAUGAGACAUUCACAAAAGACGCGGUUCUCCCACAGUGACAUCGGACCAAAUGAAAUCAUAUCUUUACCAAGGUUUCACACCGUUUUACACGCCCCUCUUAACCACUCCAUGCUCCAUUUUUAUUUAAGGUCACACAUGAAAGUUACACUUACAAGCAAAUGAUACUCUUGUACAAACCUAUUCCAGUUCUGGUGCUUUGAAUACUCUAAAGCCUGUUAGACGAUACCUCUGCAGUUUAACACGGCUCUGUCUCUUGGCUGAGCUUUUGUUACUGAUCACUUAUUUGUUGUGAGCAUUUAUAUACAUGUAUUCUGUGCCUGUGUUCCACUCCGAGGCGUUCAGGCUUAUACCACUUAAAGAUACAGUAUUUAUAUGAGUUUAUCAGAGAAACUGUGCUUUGAUAAAGUGACACAUAGCACUGGUUUACGAGACUCGUUUUGUAUGAGGUGCUGUGUUUGAAGACUGUCAUCAGCAUUUUACACAGUACUUUGGCUGCUUGGUAUCAUGAAGUCACAAAUAUUAAUAUACAACUUCACAUGAGUAUUUGUUUAAUACAUAGAAUAUUCAAUUAUCUGCACAACUCCUGUUGUUGAAGUAAAUGAUGCUAGUAACCCGACACUUUAUCAGUGACCAAUUCAGCUUGUAAUUUUGUGUUACGCAUUGUAAUCAUGUUUUAAUUACUGUUGAUGAAAUAAAAACAAAUUUGCACUUGA